AUGAAUAAGGGGAGAAAACUAAAAUUCUGCUGGGGUUCAGACAUCCGGGUCGCUGAGCUCGAGCACACACCCUCACGAGAUGAAGUCGAUGCAAUCCUACAGAAAGAGUUCAAGAGCGACAACCUCGAGUUGAGAUACCACCCUUCCUCCGUGUGGAGGAUCGUACUCCGAGUGCGAUCGGGGCGACACCUCCCAAAGACAGAGCGCGAGGGGCUGACGAACUCGUUCUGUAGGGCUAGGAUAGUACCGGACAGCCUCCUCUUUGAAGGAUACAGCCGCGUUCCCCACAAGUCGCAAACGAAAGUAGCGAAGAACUCCCUCUCUCCGGAAUGGAACGAGACUCUGACAUGGAACUUGCGGGGGGAUAUGGACUUGGCAACCAUCAGCGCCCUCCACUUGCUGGUAGAGUUGAGAACCAAGGGGAAGGAUCAGAAAGAAGAGCAGCUCGGGCUCAUCGAUCUCCCCGUCCAAGAUUAUCUCGUGCGGAGGGUUCGUGCUAGGCUAUGGGACGGGCAGGCAGCGGAGCUGGAAGAGCAACUCAAGUUGCUGCAGGGCGACUCGGGUGCCUCACUGCCUCCUGCGCUACAGCAAGCGAAAGUGGAGAGGAUGCAGCAGAACAUCGAGUACCUUAAAGAUCUGAAGCGGAAGUCGCUGUCCUCUAGCGAUGCAUGGCACAGGGCCAGGUGGCAGCCAGGAUGCCGCGCAGUCUGUCGUGGGCUGGACCCCAGCUCUCCAGACGAGAUCUUCGUGCAGGGAGCAGACGGGCAACUGACCUCUUUGCACCUUGCUAUCGACUUCGAGCUCAGCGAUUACCAUCAGAACUGUUUCCUCAACGCCAUGUCAGACUUCGUCUCCAACUUGCUCGAGUCGUCGAGGGGGCUGCUGAUGAAGAAGGCUGACAAGUACAUCAAGGCUUUCAGCGAGCAGGGGCUGGGGAUGGAGGACUUUCUGUCCAAGGACUUUGAGUGCAUCGCCGACGACGCGAAGCUGGCGAGAUGGAGGGUGACAGAGGCGAGCGCACGUCGAGUAAUCUUGCAAGCCGUGAGGGAGGCAGGGUCAAGGUGGUUGAACUUCUGCGAACUGUCGGUGGACUGUUCGCAUCCAAACAUCCCCAUGAAGCCUUCGGACGAAGUUUCGAUCAGACGGGAGGAGCAGCUGCAGAGAGCAUGCGAAGAGGCUGAGUUGUUGUCGGAGAAGGGAACCAUCAAGUUGUUUGUCUGUGCACCCCUCAAAAUUACCAUCAUGGAAUGUGCGCAGCUCCCAAAGAUGGACAAGCUUGGUUCUUGUGAUCCUUAUGUGAAGGUUGUAGCAGGAGAGAAGGAGUACUUGACAAGCGUGCGGUAUAACACGAUGAGCCCGUCUUGGGGAGCGGGGCAAGUGUUUUAUCACUCCAGCAGAGAGUGGAACGAAAGGAUGAGGAUAGAGGUUUGGGAUUUCGACGAGCUCAGAUUGUUAAACAUGGAAAAGCGGAAGACCAGCGUUAUAAGAUCCGAUGAAUUCAUUGGAUAUGCCGAGCUGCCCGAAAUGCACGACAUCGUGAACGACGGGUUUUCACUUGACGAUUAUUUCCUUCUCGUUGAUGAGAGGGGGGAAUAUGUUGUUGGCUAUCAGGCGGACACUUUUGCUGAUCAGUUUUCUCGCAUCAGGUUACAGAUCCGAGCUAACUCGAGCAAAAGCGACCAUGCAACUUCACUCGACGACGUCUCGCUUGUCCAGAGCCCAACAAAGUCCCCGACCUCUCCAAACUCCUCCCUUGACUUCAACAAGAGCUUCAAGUCUCAACUCGGGGGUGAGCGGGAUGAGCUGCAGGCGCUGCUUUUCCAGCAGUUCACCACAUUCAGCAUGUACGGCAAGGAGGAAGGGACCCAGACCGGGGAAGGGGAGGUGAAGGCAGGGAAGAAGACGGAGGAGGAGCAAGAGAGCUUCGCGAACAAGGCGCGUCAGAGGGAAGGAAGAACGUCCCAGUAUGAGAUCAUGCAGGGGAACCGGAUUUACUCCAUGAACUUCAUUGAGUUCCUGUCCUUCGCUCGCGCAAGGAGCAUUUCACCCUCCUAUCUUGACAAGGAGCAGCUGGCCGAGUUUUUCUUCGCAGCCAAGGGGACGAUCAGGAGGAGGAUGCUUGAGGGAGAUCGGGAGAUCGAUCUCGAGCAGUUCAAGACCCUUUGUUCCCUCAUCGCUGAUUUCUUCCGCAUCACAGUGAAAGACAUUCUCCUUGGAAGGAUAGAGGAGGCAGUCCGGCAGGUGGAGGAGGAGGACGAGGAGGACGAGGAAGAGGACGAGGAGGCAAUCGCGUUCGAGCGGCUCAGGAACUAUCCUCUCCACGCUGCUGCCAGCACCGGGGAUGUUUCCAAGUUUGCGGAGGAGCUGCUGAAGUGGAGAGAGCUGCAGCAGAGGGAGGCAGACCAGAGGAAGGGGAUAGGAAGAGACCUGCCUUACCUCGUGAGGAUGAUGAUGAGGAGGAAGCGAGCCAAGGAGUUCAAGAUCUCCAUCUUCAAGAAGGACAAGCAGGUUGCCACCUCCUACCUCCUCAAUGAGCAGAUCCUACAUCGAGGAGACGCCGGGGGCUGGACUGCCCUGCACCAUGCUGUGUCCCGGAGGAAGAUCGGUGAGGAAGUUGCCUCCUCCUCGUGA